CAUCUUCCAACUCCCCCAAACAAACAAAACAAAACAAAACAAACCAACCCAUCACAAAACUCACUCCCAUUUCUCUCUCUCUCUCUCUCUCUCUCUGCUCAGCUAAAACGCAACAAUGGCGACGGCCAUGCUCAGGAGGGCACUCCCACGCGCCUCCGCCUUAUCUCGAUACACACGCGCCCAAGCUCACGCAAGCGUGGCCGAAGCUCAGCAAGUCGAACAAAAGGUACGCGCCUCCACGUCGCUGAAAACCUUCUCGAUCUACCGCUGGACCCCGGAAAACCCGACGAAGCCGGAGCUCCAGGACUACGAGAUCGACCUCAAGGACUGCGGGCCCAUGGUCCUCGACGCCCUAAUCAAGAUCAAGAACGAGGUGGACCCCACGCUCACGUUCCGGCGAUCGUGCCGUGAGGGGAUCUGCGGGUCCUGCGCCAUGAACAUCGACGGCUGCAACGGGCUGGCGUGCCUCACGAAGAUCGAGUCCGGAUCGUCGGCCUCGACGAUCACGCCGCUGCCGCACAUGUUCGUGAUCAAGGACUUGGUGGUGGAUAUGACGAACUUCUACAACCAGUACAAGAGCAUCGAGCCGUGGCUGAAGAGGAAGAACCCGCCGGAGACGAAAGGGAAAGAGGUUUUGCAGAGUAAGAAAGAUAGGGCGAAGCUUGAUGGGAUGUACGAGUGUAUAUUGUGUGCUUGCUGUAGCACAUCCUGCCCUAGUUACUGGUGGAACCCUGAGUCUUAUCUUGGUCCCGCUGCUUUGCUCCACGCCAAUCGGUGGAUAAGUGACAGCCGUGAUGAAUAUACCCAAGAGCGACUGGAUGCCAUAAAUGAUGAGUUCAAGCUCUACCGCUGCCAUACCAUACUGAACUGUGCCCGUGCAUGUCCAAAGGGCCUGAACCCCGGGAAGCAGAUCGCACAUAUUAAGGGCCUUCAACUAUCUGGUCCUAGUAAUGUUUAAGUUUCUAGGUUUAUGAGGCAUGCCAAUGCGUAUUUAAUUCCUGGGAUUUUUUGAUGACCCAUGAACCAUGUGUAUUAAGUUAAUAAUAUGUGCACUGAAUGUAUUCCCUAUCCCAUUUGUACCUAAAAACUUGGAAACUGAGGUUUCAUAUCUUUCUUUGUUUUCGAAUAAAAAGUCAAUAGAACUCCUUGGGUCCAUCUGGAGAUCAGAUUA